AUGACGUCUUUCACAGAGGCAGCACCCCACGUUCCCAUCCCCAAGAACGGGGUGGACUAUCGAGGCAAGAUCGUGCUUGCACCGAUGGUCCGCUCCGGAGAGACUCCAUCACGUAUCGUUUCCCUCAAGUAUGGCGCAGACCUGGUAUGGGGUCCGGAGACCGUCGAUCGCGCUAUCAUCGGCGCAAAACGUCGCAUUAACCCCCGCAACUCGAUGAUCGAAUAUACCCGUAUCCCGUCGAACGGCGGCCAGCCGAACAAACCAGCUCAGGAGUCGGUACUGUAUAGGAUUGAUCCUGUACGAGAAAGGGGCAAAUUGAUUUUCCAACUGGGCACCGCAAAUCCGUCGUUAGCAGUGGAAGCCGCAAAAGUCGUUGCGGCGGACGUCUCGGGCAUCGACGUAAACUCCGGCUGUCCAAAACCCUUCAGCACGAGCGGUGGGAUGGGCGCCGCACUCCUGCAAACUCCGGACCGCCUCGUUUCGAUUCUUGAAGCGUUAGUCGAGGAGAUAGGGAAGCCCUAUGAAAUCGGAAUUUCCGUAAAGAUCCGCCUCCUCGCGGAGCCCGAGCGGACCGAAGCUCUCGUUACUCGACUUUGUAGAACUGGAAUUACUGGUCUUACUGUGCACUGCCGGACGACGCCCAUGCGUCCUCGCGAGGCCGCCAUCCGUGAACAGUUGCCAAUGAUUGCCUCCAUUUGCCGAAAAGCAGGCGUGGCAUGCCUGAUGAACGGAGAUGUGAGAUCCCGAGACGAGGCAAUGAAGCUUAUCCGCGAAUACGGUGUCGACGGCGCCAUGAUUGCCACCUCUGCAGAGUCCAACUUUUCAUGUUUUCGCUCACAGGCCGACGGUGGCCUGGAGCACUGGCGAGAUCUCGUCCGAUCCUACAUGGAGGCUGCGCUCCAAUGUGAAAAUAGAUGGGGAAACACCAAGUAUCUGCUUAAUCAGCUCGUUCCCGGUAAAGACAAAGCCUUUGCGGAGUCGAAAAGAUCCAAAACGUACGAAGAUUGUGUAACGGUGCUAGGAUUUGAAGAUCUAAUCCCCAUGGCGAAACAUGUUGACGAGAUAAUCGGAACCGCCAAACGUGCAGCCGAAAGAGCCGAGUCGAACAAAAGCCUAGCCGUCCUGAAAGCUAUCGAGGGAAAUACCGCAAAGGCCGCCGGCGGCGGAGGAAUUGGGAAGGGCAACAGUCCAAAGCUGUCCACUCAGGUUAACGUAGCCGGUGGAACCGGCCCUAUUCGGACAGGCUCAUCUGUCUCUAAACCCACCUCUUCCGCUUCGGUGUCCGCGGAAUCGGCGGUUGCGGAAGUUGGGGCCAAAGUGGCAGAUGGCACGCAUGUUCCCCCCAGCCCGCUGACCUUAUAA